AUGACGCAGGUCCUGACGGGACAUGGUUGUUUCGGACGGUACCUGUGUCGCAUCGGGAGGGAGCUCAUGCUGGAAUGCUGGAGUUGCGAGGCGGAGGUCGACUCCGCGAGGCACACGCUCCGAUACUGCCCGGCAUGGACGGCAGAGAGGAGCGUGCUGCAGGACGUGCUGGGGAAAAAUCUCGAAUGGAGGACGAUUAUUGCGGCUCUAAGAAGAGAGGACGAGAGAAGAGCCUUCUUAGAAUUCUGUGAGGGCGUCAUGGCUAAGAAGGAGGAAAUCGAGAGAGACAGAGAAAGGACGGCUGGACUACCAGCUCAGGGUGUGAACAGAUAG